GGGAAGCGAGAAGGGAGCGCGGGGAGCCGCGGGGCCGGGGCCGGCCCAAGGGCGCCUCGCCUCGGAGCCGGGCGUGGGGACCUGGGCGGAGGCGGAGGCCGGCGGGGCCGGGAGCGCGGAGAAGUUUGGCGGCGGAGGGGCCAGGCGUCCCGCGGUCGCGAGGCGGCGGCGCAGGGGCCGGGGCCAUGGGGGCGGGCGCGGGCGGCUGGGCUGGCCCGGAGGCGGCGCGGCGCGCACAGAGCCCCGCGAGCGGCGCGGACGCCGCGGCGCAAAGUUAGCCCGGCGCCCCGGGACGAGCCCUGUAGCCGCUGGCCGCCCCUGGACCCCGCCUCGGCAUGGGCGAGCACCCCAGCCCGGGACCCGCAGUGGCCGCCUGCGCCGAGGCGGAGCGCAUCGAGGAGCUGGAACCCGAGGCCGACGAGCGGCCGCCCGCGGCGCCGGAGGACGGAGCCAUCGGUGGAGCGGGCACCGGGGAGUCCGGGGAACUGGAGUUUCUUAUGCUUCUCCUUCCCGAGGUUAACCUGCAAAUAGAGCACUGGAAAGUCCUGUUUGAUCAGUUUGACCCCGGGAACACGGGCUACAUCAGCACAGGCAAGUUCCGGAGCCUCCUGGAGAGCCACAGCUCCAAGCUGGACCCGCACAAAAGGGAGGUGCUCCUGGCUCUCGCCGACAGUCAUGCAGAUGGGCAGAUCUGCUACCAGGAUUUUGUCAACCUGAUGAGCAACAAGCGGUCCAACAGCUUCCGCCAGGCCAUCCUGCAAGGGAACCGCCGGCUGUGCAGCAAGGCCCUGCUGGAGGAGAAGGGUCUGAACCUCUCUCAGCGGCUGAUCCGCCACGUGGCCUACGAGACCCUGCCCCGGGAGAUUGACCGCAAGUGGUACUACGACAGCUACACCUGCUGCCCCCCGCCCUGGUUCAUGAUCACAGUCACACUGCUGGAGGUUGCCUUUUUCCUCUACAAUGGAGUGUCGCUGGAUCAAUUUGUGCUGCAGGUGACCCAUCCACGAUACCUGAAGAACUCACUGGUUUACCACCCACGCCUCCGAGCACAGGCCUGGCGCUACCUGACAUACAUCUUCAUGCAUGCCGGGAUAGAACACCUGGGACUCAACGUGGUGCUGCAGCUCCUGGUGGGGGUGCCCUUGGAGAUGGUGCACGGAGCAACCCGCAUUGGGCUUGUCUAUGUGGCUGGCGUUGUGGCAGGAUCCUUGGCAGUGUCUGUGGCUGACAUGACUGCACCAGUUGUGGGCUCCUCUGGAGGGGUGUAUGCGCUCGUCUCUGCCCAUCUGGCCAACAUUGUGAUGAACUGGUCAGGCAUGAAGUGUCAGUUCAAGCUGCUGCGGAUGGCUGUGGCCUUGAUCUGUAUGAGCAUGGAGUUUGGGCGGGCUGUGUGGCUCCGGUUCCACCCAUCAGCCUAUCCCCCGUGCCCUCACCCGAGCUUCGUGGCGCACUUGGGCGGUGUGGCUGUGGGCAUCACCCUUGGCGUGGUGGUCCUGAGGAACUAUGAGCAGAGGCUGCAGGACCAGUCGCUGUGGUGGAUUUUUGUGGCCAUGUACACCAUCUUUGUGCUGUUCGCUGUCUUCUGGAACAUCUUUGCCUACACUCUGCUGGACUUAAAGCUGCCGCCACCCCCCUAAGGACCUGGAGGACCGAGGCCAGGGAGGGGAGUGAGAAGCAGCAUCAGAAAGGAGCAUCUGCGUUCUUUUUCUCAUCACCAGCUCACUGAGGCCAGGGAGGAAGGACUGGUCAGGAGACACUGACGCGCUGUAAUCUUUGGGUUCAGAUUUGGACAGACAGCAGAGGCUCUUUUUUGAAAGGCACAUGCUGGAGGAGUUGGAUGUGGCUACUCUUGUCCUUCUAGACUGUUCUGAAGACGUCAGGACAGGACAAAGGCCUGGGGUCGGGUGAGAGUGGCCAUCCCCUAGGACUGGGCUUGUUUCAUGUGUUCAGAGGUCCCCUCCCUUGUCACAGAUUGGGCAGCAGCCUUCUCCCGCAUCCUCCACCCUGAGAGACCCUGAGAGUAUGAGGAAGGCCUGGGCGUGUAGUAGGCAGGUGGACCCUUGUCCAGCAGAGAGACAACUGCAGACCAGGAAGUGUUCCCUCUACACCCAUUGGGUCUGGAACCCUGGAGUGGAAGAGGGCUUGGUAGUGGACAUGUCAACAUUGGCCCUGGGGGAGCCCAGGGUACCCUCUGUGCCUGUCGGUGGGCACUGGGGUGUGGCCUCUAGUGCCUGGGGUGGGAGGGAGAUGCUGUAACUCCAGGCCCCACGCUUGCCCUGAAGGUUCCCAGCAAGAGAAACCCAAGUGGGAGGGGAUAAGCUCCAUCCCAGGUUCCACCCUGGGGAGGACUUCUCCCUCCCUUUCUCCCAGAAAGCUGACAUCUCACAUCAGUGCCCCAGCAUCCCACACCCUGCCUUGUUUUCAGGGUCUUUUCCUUCCAUUCCAGUACCCUGACCUGCAUUGUACUUCUCCUUUAAUUAUGGAGACAGUGUUUGGGGGUGUGUGUGUGUGUGUGUGGUUUGGCGGGCGGAGAUGCCCAUGUGUUGGGAAAGACAAUGUGAGGUGAGUUGGAGACUGCAGAGGAAGCCUGCAGGGGCAGUGGGGGUGUGUGGAGGGGUCUACCCGAGAGGAAGGCAGGUGCUGAGAGGUGGCAGAGUGUGGUCUUGCUUUUAGCAAAGCUUGCCCCUUCUUUCCCAUUCUCAUCACUUCCAGGCGCGCCCCUGAGAAUCACCGACAGAUGGGAAGACUGUCCGUGGUGGAGGAAGACCUAGGGCCUUCCAGGGUCCUUCAGGAUGCUGAGGUUUUCCUUGCCUUUGCCAAGUUCUGCCCUUGUUUCCCUCUGGGAUGGCCUUCAUAUCUGAAAAGGUUCUGUCUGUCUCCAUUAGGAGGAAGGGAGCUUUGGGGGUGCAAGGGAGGCUGGAGCAGGAGUAUUGAGGCUAUGUGUCCAUUUGAGUUGGGGGCAGAGGAGGCUGCAGUAAAAGGAGUCCCAAUGCAGGCAGAAAACCGCUUCUAGAGAUUUAUUGGGUGUUUGGAUGAGUGUCAGAGGCAAAGGCAGCUCGUAGACUCAGAUGCUCAGAGGUUAGAGGGGACUUGGAGAUGAUCAGGGCCAUCCUCACCCCCAAGUCACUAGUGGGAAAACUACCCCCUAGCAGGAGUUGGUGCCAGCCCUGAGGGGAGCCUGGGGCGAGGAUGACCUUUGACAAAAUAUGUCAUUCCCUUUAUCCUGCUCUUGGAAGUCCCAACCACUGACAGCCCAGGAGGACAAAGAACCCAAGUCUGGGAGAUAGAAGGCCUGGGUUCAUGAGGAAUGAGGGCAGGAGUGUGGGAACUGCCUUCUGCUAGCCGUCUGCUCCUCAGAGCCCUUACGUGCACUGAGGUCCAGAGUCAGCCAGGCCAGGCCUUUUGGGUCUUGGGCCACUGUGUCUUCCUGUCCCCGGUGAUCACAUUAAAUGCGCAGAGUCUUCCUACCCAGGGACACCCCCUACUUAGCCCCAGGCUAUGCCAAGCCCUUCCCUGUCAUUGCCCAGUGCUAAAUAGAUGGUCCUGGUCCCCACAUAUGGCUCCUAAAGUCAUGCUGUACUGUGCCAACACUGUGUUGAGGACUGCUGGCCUGAGGUGGUGUGGGCCUUGAUCUCUGGCUGAGUUUUGUCAGUCUGGGGCAUCUUGUCUGUGCCCUGCCAGCCCUUCUUUGCCCUACUGAGAGAAAGGCAUAGUGAGAAGAGUCAGCUUCUUAGGAGAAGAGACUCUGAGCUGGAAUGGGAGCCAAGAAGACUUAGGUAAGAAUGACAAAGGGGGCCUCAGCAUAGGCUGCAGCCACUGCUAAACCUGAGUGGUACCGUCCCUUCCUGGAGGAGCAGAGGCAACUGGUGCCCUGCUGGAGGCAGGACUUCCCCUCCAGAUCCUGCCCUGGCACCUGGGGGUUCUGGGCUGUGGGUGGAGGGAGAGGAGAGCCCUCUGCUUUUGUCUGGUGUGGCAUGGAGAGGGGCCUUCUUCUCUCUUGGGUGAGAAGACUGAACUAGAAGCCUCUAGAAAGCCCUCAGAGAAGCACUUAGUUCCCUCAGGACUUCCGAUGGAAGCUUGUUCCCGAGAAGGACUGCCUGCAGUGGAAGUCCCAUCUCCCACCCUGUUAAGUCUGUCUUCCGAGGUCUGGGACACGCUAUGGGAGCCUAUCCACACCUCAGGCCACCAGCCCCAGCAGCUCCCUAUGCAAAAGCAACCCAAAAGUUCUUUGUUCUGCUUGACGCCCAUCUCCACCACCCUCCCCCAACCAUCACUUCUAAGCAGAGCCGUACAGUGGUGACAACGGUCACUUCACACAACCCAGGUCUCCAAUCCAGGGCUGGAGAGAGCUGUCUGGUAAGAAAGGUUUCCUUUUUGUUGUCUGGCUUUCUCCCCAGCGGGUCCCUUUGUCCCGUGCUCCUGGCGCCCUGCCAGCAGCACAUCCUCAUCAUCCUUCCUUCCUCGUCCAAUAUGGCCACCUGGCCAGUGUGCUGGGAAGCAGAGGGUGGUGUGAAUCAUCAGGCUGUGAGGGAGGCCGGCCUUUCAUCCGCAGGAUGUGGAAAUUGAGAGCUGGGGAUUCCCCAAACAGCAUCCAUAGGCUCCCUCGCUCGUUCAACGGAAGAGGAAUCUCAGAAACUGGGGAAAGGAAAACAAACCUUCAAAGGAGAAAUUUUGCUUUAAUGACACCAUUAAUCAUUCGUUUUUUAAUUAGGAAGAGCUCCCUAAUGGGGCACUUUUGCCAGCUAAUAGGACUCUCAAUUUCCAUGAGCACAUUCUUGCCCAGAGGAAUAGGGGAGUCAUUACUCACCAAGCUCAGAUCUUCCCCCAGUGUCCGAUUUUGUUUGCAGAUAAUGCAGAUUCCCGGGUGCCAUGGAAGCCCUUUCGUGGCAUCGUUCAUGUUGCUCCCAGUGCUGGCUCGAAAGCACCGAUACUCCUCUGCCUUAAAAAACACUGAACUCCCCCUCCCCCAAGGACUUGAGUAAGUGGAAAACAAAACACAAGCUGCAAUGUUUGUUUCUAAAUAUUUUUGUAUUGUGUACAUUCUGUAUAUUUUUGUUGUAACAUAUUAUUUGAGCACAGAUUCCAUUAAAGAUUUUUUUUUUUU